UGUCCUUGAAGUCACCUCUACCACAUGGAACCAGGAAAUGAUACACAAAUUUCAGAGUUUCACCUUCUGGGCUUAUCUGAGGACCCAGAACUGCAGCCCCUCAUAUUUGGGCUUUUCCUCUCCAUGUACCUGAUCACUGUGUUUGGAAACCUGCUCAUCAUCUUGGCCAUCAGUUCAGACUCCCACCUCCACACCCCCAUGUACUUUUUCCUUGACAACCUGUCCUUUGUUGACAUCUGUUUCACCUCCACCAUCAUCCCCAAGAUGCUGUGGAACAUCCAGACUCAAAGCAAGGUCAUAACCUAUGCAGACUGCCUCACGCAGAUUUAUUUUCUCAUACUCUUUGCUGUGUCAGACAUCUUCCUCCUGAGUGUGAUGGCCUAUGACAGGUUCGUGGCCAUCUGUCAACCCCUGCACUACACGGUCAUCAUGAAUCCCUGGCUCUGUGGCCUGCUGGUUCUGGUGUCCUGGAUCAUUUCUAUCCUGAAUUCCUUGCUACAUAGUUUAAUGAUGUUGCAGCUUUCCUUCUGUGCACAUUUCCAAAUCCCCCACUUCUUUUGUGAACUCAAUCAGAUGAUCCAACUUGCCUGUUCUGACACCCUUCUUAAUAACUUGGUGAUGUAUUUUGCAGCUGUCCUGCUGUGUGGUGGUCCUUUUGCUGGGAUCCUUUACUCUUAUUCUAAGAUUGUUUCUGCCAUAUGUAGAAUAUCAUCAGCUCAAGGCAAGUAUAAAGCAUUUUCCACCUGUGCAUCUCACCUCUCUGUUGUCUCCUUAUUUUAUUGUAUAAUGCUUGGUGUGUACCUUAGCUCUGCUGCUCCCCAGAGCUCCCACUCAAGUGCAGUGGUCUCCGUGAUGUACACUGUGGUCACACCUAUGUUGAACCCCUUCAUCUAUAGCCUGAGGAACAAAGAUAUUAAGAGGGCUCUGAAAGCAAUCACUGGUGUUCCAGUGAUGUAA